CUGAGGAGACUGAGGGGGCUGACGGGGUCCCCGGGGGCUGAGGGCGGCGGCUGCGGUGUCCCUGGUGACUGGUCUGUGCGCGGCUCGGCGAGGGGGCUGCUCAUCCCCGUGAAAACGCCAAGUUUCUCCGCGGGCGUUCCCGAGGGCCGAUGCGGUGACCGCCCGGCUGAGCUGCCGCCUCGGAUCGCUCCGAAAUGCGGCCCCGGCGGCGGCUUGUGCGGGGCGCCGACGCCUCCCCGCUGUGCCCCGCAUCUUUGCGGCGAUCACUUGGCGUUUGCGUGGUUUCCGCUGGGCGAGCAUCCCGGAUUUACGGGGAGGACAGCAGGGGAGAGCGAGCCGGACGUCGCUGUGGUACCUGCAGAUGUUGUCCAUCUCCAUCAGUGCUGUCCAAAGUGUGCCUGGCUGAUCCAUGGUCACUUUCCGGGAUGGCAGCAAGGUGACUUCAGCUGAGAAUGACCCUGACUGAAAGGCUGCGGGAGAAGAUAUCUCAUGCCUUCUAUAACCAUGGACUGCUCUGUGCAUCCUACCCCAUCCCCAUCAUCCUCUUCACAGGGAUCUGCAUCUUAGCCUGCUGCUACCCACUACUGAAACUCCCUUUGCCAGGAACAGGACCUGUGGAGUUCACCACCCCUGUGAAGGACUACGUGCCCCCACCUGUGGCCCCUGAGCACAAGCCAAGAGAGCCCAGUGAACAACCAGAGUGGUAUGUGGGUGCCCCAGUGGCUUAUAUCCAACAAAUAUUUGUGAAGACUUCAGUGUCUCCCUGGCACAAGAACCUCCUGGCAGUGGAUGUGUUCCGCUCGCCCCUUUCCCGGGCUUUCCAGCUGGUGGAGGAAAUCCGGAACCACGUGCUGAGAGACAGCUCUGGGACCCGGAGCCUGGAGGAGGUGUGCCUUCAGGUGACUGACCUGCUGCCAGGCCUCAGAAAGCUCCGGAACCUGCUCCCUGAACAUGGAUGCCUGCUGCUGUCCCCUGGGAAUUUCUGGCAGAAUGACCGAGAACGCUUCCACGCCGACCCUGACAUCAUCAGGACCGUUCACCAGCAUGAACCCCAAACACUGCAGACCUCAGCCACUCUCAAAGACUUGCUGUUUGGCGUUCCCAGCAAGUACAGCGGGGUGAGCCUCUAUACCAGGAAGAGGAUGGUCUCCUACGCCAUUACCCUAGUCUUCCAGCGCUAUCAUGCCAAGUUCCUGGGCAGCUUGCGGACGCGCCUGCUGCUACUGCAUCCCAGCCCCAACUGCAGCCUUCGGGCGGAGAGCCUGGUGCACGUGCACUUCAAGGAGGAGAUCGGCGUUGCCGAGCUCAUCCCCCUCGUGACCACCUACAUCAUCUUGUUCGCCUACAUCUACUUCUCCACACGCAAGAUCGACAUGGUCAAGUCCAAGUGGGGGCUGGCUCUAGCCGCUGUGGUCACGGUGCUCAGCUCGCUGCUCAUGUCUGUGGGGCUCUGCACUCUCUUCGGCCUGACGCCCACCCUCAAUGGCGGGGAGAUUUUCCCCUACCUUGUGGUGGUUAUUGGCUUAGAGAACGUGUUGGUGCUCACUAAGUCAGUUGUCUCAACCCCAGUGGACCUUGAAGUGAAGCUGCGCAUUGCACAAGGCCUGAGCAGUGAGAGCUGGUCCAUCAUGAAGAACAUGGCCACUGAACUGGGCAUCAUUCUCAUUGGUUACUUCACACUAGUGCCUGCCAUCCAGGAGUUCUGUCUCUUUGCUGUGGUGGGCCUGGUGUCUGACUUCUUCCUUCAGAUGCUGUUUUUCACCACUGUCCUAUCCAUUGACAUUCGCCGGAUGGAGCUAGCGGACCUCAACAAGCGGCUGCCCCCUGAGGCCUGCUUGGCUUCAGCUAAGCCGGUGGGGCGGGCAGUGCGCUUCGAGCGGCAGCUGGCUGUGCGGCCAUCCACACCCCACACCAUCACGUUGCAACCGUCUUCCUUUCGAAACCUGCGGCUUCCCAAGAGGCUACGUGUCAUCUACUUCCUGGCACGCACCCGCCUGGCACAGCGCCUCAUCAUGGCUGGCACUGUCGUCUGGAUUGGCAUCCUCGUAUACACAGACCCAGCAGGGCUGCGCAACUACCUCGCUGCCCAGGUGGCCGAGCAGAGCCCACUGGGCGAGGGUGCCUUGGCUUCCAUGCCUGUGCCCAGUGGUGUACUGCCUGCCAGCCACCCGGACCCUGCCUUCUCCAUCUUCCCACCUGAGGCCCCUAAGUUACCUGAAAACCAGACACUCCCAGGGGAGCUGCCUGAGCCUGGAGGACCCGCAGAGGGUGGCCAUGAUAGCUCAGUCCCAGAGGUAACCUGGGGGCCGGAGGACGAGGAGCUCUGGAGGAAGCUGUCCUUCCGCCACUGGCCGACACUCUUCAGCUACUACAACAUCACACUUGCCAAGAGGUACAUCAGCCUGCUGCCUGUCAUCCCCGUCACUCUCCACCUGAACCCCAGAGAGGCUCUGGAGGGGCGGCACCCUCAGGACAGCCGCAGUGCCUGGCCCCCUCCAGGGCCCCAACCCAACGGGGUCUGGGACACAGGCCCCAAGGGACCAGGCAUGACACAGGCUCACAGAGACAUCACCCUGUACAAGGUGGCGGCGCUUGGCUUGGCUGCAGGCAUCGUCCUCGUCCUACUGCUGCUCUGCCUCUACCGUGUGCUCUGCCCCCGCAACUAUGGGCAGCCCGGCGCGGGGCUCGGCCGACGUCGGCGCGGGGAGCUGCCCUGCGACGACUACGGCUAUGCCCCACCCGAGACGGAGAUAGUGCCCCUUGUGCUGCGUGGGCACCUCAUGGACAUCGAGUGUCUGGCGAGUGACGGCAUGCUGCUGGUGAGCUGCUGCCUGGCGGGCCACGUCUGCGUGUGGGACGCUCAGACCGGGGACUGCCUCACGCGUAUCCCACACACAGGCAGGCAGCGCCGGGACAGUGGUGUCGGCAGUGUGUUGGAGGCGCAGGAGAGCUGGGAGCGGCUGUCAGACAGCGGGAAGGGCGGCCCGGAAGAAGCGGGGCACAGCCCUCCCCUGCGGCACCGGCCCCGGGGCCCUCCUCCUCCUCCGGCCCUCUUCGGAGACCAGCCUGACCUCACCUGCUUGAUCGACACCAACUUCUCUGCACGGUUGAAACCCUCGGAGCCUGCUCAGCCCGAGCCCCGGCACCGGGCAGGCUGCAGCCGCUCUCGGAACUCUCCGGGCUACGACUUCAGCAGCUUGGUGCAGCGGGUCUACCAGGAGGGGCUAGCUCCCAUCCACGCACCGGCACAGCGGCCCCCGUCACCGGGGCCCACCCUGCCACAGGCCCCUGAGGAUGAGGGAGGCUCUCCUCUUGACAAGAGCUCCCCGUCUUUCGCCUGGGCCCCCAGCACAGACGGCUCGAUCUGGAGCCUGGAGCUGCAGGGCAACCUCAUCGUGGUAGGGCGCAGCAACGGCCGGCUGGAGGUGUGGGACGCCAUCGAGGGCACGCUAUGUUGCAGCAGUGAGGAGGUCUCCUCGGGGAUCACGGCCCUUGUGUUCCUGGACAAAAGGAUCGUGGCUGCCCGCCUCAAUGGCUCUCUUGAUUUCUUCUCCUUGGAGACGCAUACAACCCUCAGCCCCCUGCAAUUCCGAGGGACCCCAGGAUGGAGUAACUGCCCCACAUCCCCCCUGUAUAGCAGCAGUGACUCAGUGGCCUGCCGCCUGACCCACACGGUGCCCUGUGCACACCAGAAGCCCAUCACGGCCCUGAAGGCUGCUGCAGGGCGGCUGGUGACUGGCAGCCAGGACCAUACACUAAGAGUGUUCCGUCUGGAAGAUUCAUGUUGCCUCUUCACCCUUCAGGGCCACUCAGGGGCCAUCACUACUGUGUACAUUGACCAGACCAUGGUGCUGGCCAGUGGGGGACAGGACGGGGCCAUCUGCCUGUGGGACGCGCUGACCGGCAGCCGCGUGAGCCACAUGUUUGCGCAUCGUGGGGAUGUCACCUCUCUCACCUGCACCGCCUCCUGCAUCAUCAGCAGUGGCCUGGAUGACCUCAUCAGCAUCUGGGACCGCAGCACGGGCAUCAAGCUGUACUGCAUUCAGCAGGACCUAGGAUGUGGAAUGAGCUUGGGUGUCAUCUCAGAUCACCUGCUGGUGACUGGUGGCCAGGGCUGUGUCUCCUUUUGGGACCUAAACUACGGGGACCUGUUACAGACUGUCUACCUGGGGAAAAUGGGCGAGGCUCAGCCUGCCCGGCAGAUCCUGGUGCUGGACAAUGCCGCCAUUGUUUGCAACUUCGGCAGUGAGCUCAGUCUGGUGUAUGUACCUUCCGUGCUGGAGAAGCUGGAUUAAGGGCAGGCUACGUGGCGACCCCUCACUGCUAUACACACAGGCCCUCCAUGCCCAGAAGAGGGGUGGGGUGUUUUGUGGGGCCAAUGCACUGGACUGAUCCUGGGGAGAGGACCCAGGUCUUGUGGGAGCACCUCUGAACUGUCCCAUAAAUUGUAAUAUUAAAUGUUUUUUUAAAGAUC